UGCCCGGCGGCGGCCGCCCCGCUGCCGCUGCUCCCCGCCAAUGCUUCCUACCACGGCCGAAACUGCAGCGCCGAGGAGGGCAUCUACCAGGACGGCACGCCGCUCUCCGGCAAGAUCGUGCUCGCCGUCGUCCUGGCGCUCGUUACGCUGGCCACGGUACUCUCCAACGCCUUUGUGAUCGCCACGGUCUACCAGACGAGGAAACUCCACACGCCGGCCAACUAUCUCAUCGCCUCGCUGGCCUUCACUGACCUCCUCGUCUCCAUCCUCGUCAUGCCCAUCAGCACCAUGUACACUGUGACCGGGAAGUGGACGCUGGGCCAGAUCGUCUGCGAUAUAUGGCUGUCCUCGGACAUCACCUGUUGCACAGCGUCCAUCCUGCACCUCUGUGUCAUUGCCCUGGACCGGUAUUGGGCAAUCACAGACGCCGUCGAGUACUCUACAAAAAGGACUCCCAAGCGGGCAGCGGGCAUGAUUGCUCUGGUGUGGGUCUUCUCCAUCUGCAUCUCCAUACCCCCUUUGUUUUGGCGGCAGGCGAAGGCUGAGAAGGUCUCUCACUGUGUGGUGAACACGGACCACGUCCUCUACACCGUGUACUCCACGGUGGGAGCCUUCUACUUCCCCACCUUGCUGCUGAUAGCCCUCUAUGGGAGGAUCUACGUGGAAGCCAGGUCGAGGAUUUUGAAGCAGACGCCAAAGAAAGCAGGUAAAAGACUAACUCGGGCUCAGUUAAUCACGGACUCCCCGGGCUCGUCCUCCUCUGUCACGUCCAUAAACUCCAAGGCUCCCGAGGGAUCCAGCGAAACGGGCUCUCCGGUGUACAUGAACCAGGUGAAGGUGAAGGUCUCGGAUGCCCUGCUGGAGAAAAAGAAGCUCACGGCCGCUAGGGAGCGGAAAGCUACAAAGACUUUAGGGAUUAUUUUAGGAGCCUUCAUCGUCUGUUGGCUGCCCUUUUUCAUCAUCAGCCUAGUGAUGCCUAUUUGCAAGCACGCUUGCUGGUUCCACAUGGCCAUCUUUGACUUUUUCACGUGGCUUGGAUAUCUCAACUCCCUCAUCAACCCCAUCAUCUAUACUAUGUCCAACGAAGACUUCAAACAAGCUUUCCACAAACUCAUACGUUUCCGAUGCACAGGCUGAAUUUUGAAUGCGAUGUGUUCUCCGGGGCUGCCCCCAUGCACACCC